AUGGCGUCGAUGACGAACGCGACGUCGGGACCCGCUCGCGUCGCGCGGCGCGCGCCGCGGCGCGGCGCCGCGCCCCGGCGCGUCGCCGCGUCCGCGUCGUCGUCCGCGAGAGAUCAUCAUCGUCACGGUGAUCUGACGACGCGUCGCGUCGUCUCCGACGACGCGCAGCGGUGGCGAUGGCGUCGCGCCUCCCCCGCGCCGUCGCCGUCGCCGUCGUCGUCCGUCCGCCGCCGUCCGCGCCGCGUCGACGCGAACGACGCGGCGGCGAACCCGAACCUCUCGUACUACGAGGUCGACGACGCGGAGCUCAACGCGCGCGGCGACGGCGACGACGGCGACGACGACGGCGUCCCGGAGAUGUCCUCGAAAGAGAUGUUCAAGCGUCUCGUGCGCUUCACGCUGCCCACGAUGGCGAUCUGGGUCUGCGGGCCCAUCCUCGGGAUGAUCGACACCGCGGUCGUGGGCAGCGCGUCGACGUUGGAGCUCGCGGCGAUGUCCCCGGGAGGCGUGUACGUGGACUAUCCGAGCUAUCUCAUCUCGUCCGCGUUGGCGGUGGCGACGACGACGCUCGUGGCGCAGGACCGGCUCGCGGAGAAGCGCGAGCGGAAGAAAGCGCGGCGGAAAGUAAACGAUAACGGCGGCGACGGAGGCGUUACUACCACCACAACCCUGGACGUCGGUCAGCAGUCCAGCGUCAGCAGCGCGAGCACGACCGCGGACGGCCUCGUCAUCGCCGCCGCGUCGGGCGCCGUGAUCGGGCUGAUCCUCGCGGUCGUCUCCAAGGCGUGCAUCGCCGCGUUCGCGGGCCCCGCGUCCGCGGCCGUCGUCCCCGCCGCGGUGACGUACGCGACGAUCCGCCUCGUCGGCCUUCCCGCGGCGAUGGUCAUCUCCGUCGCGCAGAGCGCGUUUCUCGCGUGUCGGUCCCCGGCUCAGGCGCGUUCUAUACACUGGUUCCCAUACGACCGCACCGCGAUGCGGUUCCUCAAGAUCGCCGGCCCGGUGUGCUUCCUCAACGCCAUCAAAGUCUUCUUCGUCGGCUCGCUCGUCCAGGGCGUCACCGCGAUAUCCCCCGAGGCGUCCGCGGCGAACGGCGUCAUGACGGCGAUUUACUUCUUCUUCGCCGUCAUGGGCGACGGCGUGUCGCAAGCCGCGCAGACCUUCUUACCCCCGGUGCUGGGCUCGCGGCGCGCGAUCAAGACCUCGCUGAUGCUGCUCGCGUCCGCGAUGUGCCUCGGGCUCGCGUCCGCGAUCGCGUCCUCCGCGAUCGCGACGUACGGCCACGGGAUAUUCACGACCAACGCCGCCGUCGUCGACAUCAUGCUUCGGUGCGCGCCCGUGAUGUCGUUCGCGUUGUUUUGUCACACCGCGUCGAUGGGCAGCGAGGGGUGCCUGCUCGCGGCGCGCGAUACGAAGUUCAUGACGCUGUGCUACGGCCCGAACGCGAUUCUCGCGUACGCGACGAUGAAGGUGGUGUGCAUCGGACGAUUAGGGAUGGGGGCGGAGGCGCUGUGGGUGGCGUUGGCGCAGUUUCACUGCGACGCUUUCGUCACCGCCGUCGGCGGCUUGUCCUUGUCGACGUACUCGCGCGACAGCUUCUUCCCGAGCUCGCCGUUCUUCUCGCACCACGUGAGGAAGUUGUUCGUCUUGCUCGCCGGCGCAGUAUGCGCGCACUGUGGGCACCCGGAGGGUCUGUCGCUCUUCGUGCGGUCGUUCACCUGCGCCCGCCACACGUGCUUGCACUUCAAACACUUCCACUUCGCCUUGUAG